AUGGAAAAUGAAUUCGAUGCUGUAACAAAAAAAGAUUUAACUGGAAAAAUUUAUCCGGAGAAUGAUGAUAACGUUAAAGUUAACGUUCCCGGAAAUAAAUUUUUGGAAUCUAUUAAAUCUGGAAAAAGAGAAAACGUCAAAAGGAAAAUAAAUUCGAACGUCAAACAAUUAACGACGACUAAUAAUUUACUUACUGGAAAAAUAAAACCUGAUAAGUUAUCAAAUAAUUUGUUGGAUCCGAAUUUAGAACUCACACUCGAUUUGGAAAAACUUGAUAAAAAAAUUAACGACAUUAAAAAAUUAUUGAAAUUAAACGAUACGGAUACCGCUCCCACGAAUGAUGAAGACGGGAUAAGAGUGAGAAGGAAAACGGAAGCGGAUAGAGCUGCUAAUAGGAUAGCUAAAAUGUUUUUGACUUUAUCUGCAAUGAACGGUUACAACGAUAGGAGAAGAACGAGAUGCAAGGAUGAUUAUUACGAUAAUGGAUGGAAUGAUGGUGAUAACGAUGGCGUUGAUAAAACUCAAAUCGUCGCGAAGAAAACCCCGAGUUCGAACGAAGAAAGAUACAAAAUUAAAAAAUGGAUAGAAGAAUUGAAAAGCAGAAGAUCCAACAGAUACUGUCCUUGCAAUCAAUAUAAUAAAAACGAUGAAGAUGUUUUCCCCCUGGAAAGCAGACUGGCUCGAGAUUAUUACAUGAACGGUAGAGGAGGAGAAGACGAAAGUAGUAGCGAAGAUUCGACAAACGAUGCGACGAAUCUAUUGAGGCCAUUGAUUGUAAAACAUGGUUAUUUUCCUAAGGGAAAAAAUUACAAAGAUGGAUACUAUAAUAAAUUGAGGAUGGUACCCCCGAAAACGAGUGCCGUCGACGAAACGUUGAGAGCUUUAAGAGCCAGAGGUAGAAGAAAACUCGAACUUCCGAUUGAAGAUUUAGAACUUUAUCGUACGAGAGCGAAAAAAAUUUUACAAAACGCCGAAGAUAUUUUAGAAAAAAUCAAAAUGGAAGAAGAAAAAAGAAAUUCCGACGUGGCGGGAUAUUUCGGAACCCCGAUUAAAGAAUUGAUGUCGAGAAUACAAUCGAAUCCUAGGAAUAAUGAUAAUAACGAAUUCAUACGAAUAUUGAAAAAAAAUCUCGGAUGGGCUCCAUUUCAAAAAGACAAUAAUAACGAUCACGACGACGACGACGACGACAAAUUUUCCGACAGCAUCAAAUCAUAUUUUCUAGAUCCCUAUGAAAAAGCUCGUCAGUUAACCGAAGAAAGUGCUAAAAGAUUAUCUACUUUCCUUUUGCAAAAUUUAUCUAAAUUGGGUAAAAAAGAUGAGGACGUAACAAUAAGUGAUAAGGCAGGAAUCGAGGAAUCGUUGAAAGCUUUGCAGGGUCAAGUCCCCCAGAAUAAAGAAUCCAUUCAAUCUGACGAUUUGAAAAAAGAAAUCGUGGAAGAUGACCGUGGUCCCCCCACCGACAGCGAUUUACAAACGAGAGAAAACGAACAAACGAAUUCAUCAGGGUAUGGAAAUUACAAACCUUUCGGUAAUCAAUUACUCACGGGCCCUUUGAAAAAAAUCGUCGAAGACAUAAUCAAAGAACAACAAGCUCAAAUGACGGAAUUUUCCGAUAAAAUCAACAGGGAAAAAGAAGAAUUUUCGAAAGAUUUUAACGACGACGACGAAUCGGAUUUGAAUAUGAAAAAAUUACAAGAGAUCCUUGCAGACAACAAGGCAAAAGAAGAAGAAGAAGAAGAAGAAAUUAAAAAUGUGGAUGCUGCGGCGAUUGAAAAUGAUAAAAUGGUCCAGGACACGAAUUCUGAUAAUUUAGAAAAAGAAACUUUGGAAAAUCAAAAUUUACAAGAACCACGUGAUGAUACGUCAACGAACGUUUUAAAAGAGUCGGAAAAUAAUAACGGACCAGAAAAAUUAACAUCAAUGGAUGAUGAUGAUGAGGAAAAAUUAAAAGAAAAAAUGGUCGAAAGUCAAAAUUUAUCCAAUGAAUUCGUCGACGGUGGUGAAAAAAACGAAGAAGAAUUGAAAAAAGACGAAGAUGAGGAAAAAGUCGAAGAAGAUGACAAAGAAGACAAAUUAAAACAAGUUAUGGAAAAAUUUAAUGAUGAUAAUGAUGAUUUGUUAAGUAAAAACGAAGAAAAAAUUUUGGAAAAUUUAAAAAAUCAAGAAGGUGGCGAUGAUGAUGAUGAUGCCGCAACGGUAAAAGAAAUCGUGAAGGAAAUUAUCAAAAGCGAUGAACAAGAAUUCGAAAACGAUAAAACAAAUUUGAAAGAAGAGGAAAAAGAAAAUUUUACACCGGCCGGAAGUGAUAAUCUAGAAUUGAAACGAGAAAAAAUCGAUGAAAAUUCGAAUGAAAAGGAAAUUAACGGAGAGAAUAAAGAGGAUUCGAAUGAAAAGGAAAUUGACGGAGAGGAUAAAGAGGAUUCGAAUGAAAAGGAAAUUGACGGAGAGGAUAAAGAGGAUUCGAAUGAAAAUUUACAAAAAACAAACGAGAACCCUGAUGAAGUACAGGAAGAAGUUGUUGUUUCAAACGAUACACCAACGGAAAACGAAGAAAAUUUACAAAAAACAAUAGAAGAUGAUGGUGAAACGACAAACGCGGAAGAUCAAAACGUACAACAAAUGAGAGAGGAAUCAAGUGAAAACAAUAAAAACGAUGCGGAGGAAGAAAAUUCUAAAAAAGCAGAAGAAGAAGAAGAAGCAACAGGAAACGUUUCGAAUGAUGAAAACGUACAACAAACGAACGAAAACGUCGAAGAAAAAGAAACGAUUACGAAAGAUGAAAUCAACGAUGAUUUACAAGGGGAUGAAAAUUUACAAAAAAUAAAAGAAGAAUCGAAUGAAAAAGAGGAAAACAAUAUGGAAGAACAAGUCCAAGAAAUUCUCGAAGAAUUAAACGAAAAAGAAAUGAAAGAAGAGGAUAAAACGUUAAAUUCACCUUCGGAAUCAAGUUCGGAAUAUGAAAAUCUCCAGGAAACAAAGGAAGAAAACCCAAAAACCGAAUCUAUCCGAAUCGAAACGGAAAGUAACGAAGAAUCCAAUGAUGAAAAUGACGAUGCGAACGAAUCAAAAAAUGAAAAAGUGCAAAAAUUUUUUGACGAUGAAAUAAAAGAAGAAUUAAAAGAAAUAAAUGAUGCCGCCGCGGACAAUGAAAACGCAGAUUUAAAAAACGAUUCUUCCGAAAUGGAUAAUUUAAAAAGCGUUUUGAAAAAAGAAAAAGAAGAAGAGGAAAAAGAAGAUGGGGAAAAAACCCAACAGGAAACGAUUAACGAUGAAGGAAAUGAUGAUGAUGAUGAUAAUUUAAAUAAAUCAACAGAUGCAGAAAACGUAACCGGGAUGAAAGACAAAACAAUAAUAGACGAAGAUGUUAAAGAAACGGAAAAAAUUAUAAAUUCUCAAGAAGAAAAUGAAAUGGAAAACGUUGGGAAAAUAAACAAAACGGAUGAUGAAAAUGACGAAAUGAAUAAUAAUGAUAAUGAAAAUUCAAAUAUGGAAAACGAACGAGUCGAAAAUUCAAAUAUUGACAAAGAAAUAACCGAAUCUAAUUUAAAUGAAAAUAAUGAUGAGAUGACGGAAGCAGAAGAAAAAAUUUUAAAUUUUGUCGGAAAAGAGGAAAAUUCCCGAGAAGGAAACGAUGAUGACGUUGGUUUGACGAAUGGGGAAAAACUAAUUGGUACAAAUGACGACGAAUUUCAAUCCGACGACAGUAACGAAGAGAAAGUUGCGAAUCCUUCCGAGAAAAGUUCGGAAGUAGGGAAACCGGAAACUCUCGAGGAAAAUAAAAGACAACCAAUAAAAAACGAAGAGUCCGAUGAAGAAAGUGAUUUGGCGAGUACUCAAAACAAAGAAAUAGAUAAUGAACCGGAAACGAACCUCGACGGAAACUCAAACGAACAAGAUGAAAACGUUGAAAAACCAAACGUGAAAAGUGAAGAAGAAAAAGAAGCAGAAGAAAAUGUUGAAAAAACUUCGUCUCUAGUGGAUUCAGAUGAUAAAAUCCUCUCGUCGGAAAAUUUUAUCGCGGGAGAUGAUGAAAAAGAAUCUUUAGAAAAAUUACAAAGUAAUCAAAAUGAAAGAGAAAAAGAUGAACAAGAGGUAAACGACAACGAUUUGACAUCUGAAUCAUCGGCAGAAGAAAGGAUUGGACAACAGGAAGACGUAAAUAAAUCCGUGUCAGACGAAGAAGGUAAAUUAAAUGAAUUAUACGACAAUUUCUAUUGGCCGUCAUCUGAACAAUCGAAAGAUUGGCUUUCGGAGGAUUUGUCUAAAAAAAAUAAUUUAGGAAAAAAAAUCCCAGAAGAAGCUAAUUUAAAAUUAGAAGAAGAAGAACAACUUCAAAGCGGUCGUAAAAUAUCAUUAUCGAGUCAUGAAGAAAACAUUUCGGAUGACGUUUUGCAAGACCCUAACAAAUCCGACAUCCAAGAAACUCAAUCUUAUCCAUCGGUAGGAGACGAAACAUUAAAAACCGAAAAAUUAGAUGUUCUUAACGAUGUUGCAAGUGAAGAACAACAACAAGGAAUGGAUGAUGACGAUACCUACGAUGUGAAAGAAAAAAACGAAUUCGAAGAACCGAACGUCGGAUCUGAAUCAAUCGUGAAUCCACACGAUGAUAAGUUUGUCAUCGAUAAUGACUCGAACGAGUUCGAUAUUUCUUCAAAAGAAAAAAUCAGUGCGGAAAACAUCAUGCGAGAAAAACCGUUGAAGAAACCAUAUAACGAACGAAUUUGGGACAGGCACGGAUACAGAGGAGAACCAUUAUCUUAUUAUGACGACUUACCGGAAGCAGAACCCUACGAAGUCCCGAAAAGUACCGAAGACAACGUUCCUCCGUUUCUUUUUAAAAAAACUAAAACUCUUUCGUCCGGUGAAUCUUCUUUAAACGACGACAAUUUAUUAAAAUUCGAUCCGGCAAAACCUAAAACGAGACAAAUAAUUAUACCCAAAGCCAUUGAAAAAAUAAUAAAAGAUUUAAACGAUAAUAAAAACGACGGGAAUGACGACAUCGAUUCGAUUCAAAAUCUCGAUACCGAAUCGAUCGAUAAAUACAUUGAUAAAAUUGAUAAAGCCGAAUACGAGAACAGUAAUUUAAAUGACGAUACCGAUUGUAAAAAGGAAUGCAGUUGCGUCGAAGAAGUAGACAUGAGGUCUAGAAAAAUUGGAAGGUACGAAAUCGUCAAAGAUUUUCUUCAUUGGGUCAAAGACCUUCGAAUGAAUCGGGUAUUGAGCGACGAUUAG